AUGAACACAGAGAUUCAUAAUUCUCUCUCUCUCUGUUUGUCGCUAUCUAUCUAUCUAUCUAUCUAUCUAUCUAUCUAUCUAUCUCUCUAUCUAAGUGUAUUUCAAUCUAUCUAUCUAUCUAUCUAUCUAUCUAUCUAUCUAUCUAUCUAUCUCAGUUUUUUCAUAUCUAUCUAUCUCAGUUUUUUCAUAUUUAUCUAUCUAUCUAUCUUUCUAUCUAUCUAUCUAUCUAUCUCAGUUUUUUCAUAUCUAUCUAUCUAUCUAUCUAUCUAUCUAUCUAUCUAUCUAUCUAUCUAUCUAUCUAUCUCAGUGUGUUUCAAUCUAUCUAUCUAUCUAUCUAUCUAUCUCAGUUUUUUCAUAUCUAUCUAUCUAUCUAUCUAUCUAUCUAUCUAUCUAUCUAUCUAUCUCAGUGUAUUUCAAUCUAUCUAUCUAUCUAUCUAUCUCAGUUUUUUCAUAUCUAUCUAUCUAUCUAUCUAUCUAUCUAUCUAUCUAUCUAUCUAUCUCAGUGUGUUUCAAUCUAUCUAUUUAUCAGCAUAUUUCAUUCAACCAGUCUUUAAUUCUCUCUAUAUAAUCUCUUUCAUUUUUGUCUUUCUUUGUUUCAUUUUCUUUUCAUUAUUUUCUUUGGUUUUGUUUUAUUUUAUACUUUUUCUCUUGCUUUUCUCAUUUUCUUUUUUUUUCUUUUCUCCAUUUUUAUUUUUUAUUUCUUCAUUAUUUCUUGAAUUUCAUUUAUUUUUUAAAAUUUUUCUUUCUUUGAUUUUCUCUUCACCAUUUUCCUUUUUUUAUUUUUAUUUGAUCCUUCUUUUUUCAUUGCAAUUUUUAUUUUAUUUUUUGUUCAUUAUAUUUCUUUCUUUCUUUUUUCGUUUUUCUUUCUGUGUAAAUGUUUCAAUCCUUGCUUUUUUCAUUCCUUUCUUCAUUAUUUUUAUAAAUGAAUUUCGUUUAUUUUCAAUUUUCCUUCCCUUGUUUUUUUUAGUAUUUGCUUUUCUUUUUUUUUCUUUUGUCAUCAUUAUUUUCUUUCUUUCUUUUCACCAUUUUUUUCUUUUUUCUUUCUUUCUUUCUUUCGAUUCAUUUUUCUUUCUUUCUUUCCUUCUUUUGAUUCAUACUCUUUCUUUCUUUUUACUCAUUUGUCUUUCUUUCUUUCUUUUAAUUCAUACUCUUUCUUUCUUUUUACUCAUUUUUUCUUUCUUUCUUUCUUUUGAUUCAUUUUUUCUUUCUUUCUUUUGA